AUUUUUUAAAAUUUUUGGCCUUCUUCUAGCUCCAACCUCAGCAUCCGUGGUCCAAGCCAUCUCAAUCUGCUUUUCAAAACAUCUAACAUGCUAUUUCUCUGAUAUAUUCAAAUCCUUCCUGAUCGUAUCCAUCCUCGUAGCUCCCAAAGAAAACCUCAAUAUCUUCAUCUCCUCAAGUCUAUGUGGAAUUUGCAUCUUUUCCCUGCGUAGGUGUUCCCCCGACACUCCAAUUCCCUCCCAAAGACAUCUUCCUCCAAUAGUAAGAGACUCAAUUUCCCCUCAGGUGUGUGUGUGUGUGUGAAUGUUCUCCCCAGCAACAGACUAUCAACAUGAGGGUGUAUCCUGGGGAGCAUCUCUGUGACCCUGCAGAGGAAAAAGUUGGUAUGAAGAGAUGGGUGGAUGGAAAAAAAAUAAAAUCCUUGCGGAAUAAAUUCCUCCUUCCAUCAAUCACCUGAAUUUCCUUCAAAUUUUAAAAUGAGUCUUUUACUAACAAUGUGAAGAUUAUAGUGCGAUGAACAAUAAAAAAGUAAAAUGUGUUUUUCAUGUGAGCUGUUUCUUAACCUCAUUAAAUUUAUAGUGCGAGUAAUGCUCCUGUGCGGAGACGAGCUUUGUCGGUGUACUCUUGGGCCGCGGUGCAUUGUGGUCUGGUAAUGACCCGGGUUAUGAUUAGCUUACGGCUAGCUAAAAGCUAACUUAUUUGUUUUGAGACUUAAAACUCACCUUCAGGCGUUGAUUCGGGACAGCAACAAAACAGAAACCCUUUUCUCAUCCCCUCCUCACCGUGGGCUCCUCAAACCAGAAUGGCAGUCUGCAUAGAGGCUCUCAUGCACAGGUUGCUCUCAUCUGGUUGUUUUAAAGCCUCAAAGAUGGCUUUUGUUGGCAAGUUUCAUUCCAAGCAUCUUUUCAGUUUUCUCUGCUCGUCUCCCUUGAGACUAAAUGGAAGUUCAACUCUUAUCUUCAGCAGUGUGCAUACAGAGGUCUGUCCGCUCAAAUUUACACAAAGUAGUAAAGUGAAUAUUUUAGGUGGAAGAUUUAAUAGUUUGAGCCCAAAUCCCCUGUGGGGUCAAGCUCACUAUGUGUCAAGUUUUCUUCCUUUAAGACCUCAUUCUGCAGCGUUAGCAGAAAAUAACCUGAGAGGAGACGCGGCCUGGCCUGUGUCUUUUGUUCGCCGAAGAGUGACAGACGCUCCCCACUCUAGUGUCUCUCCCACUUUUAUUGUGAUGAACUUUGACCAAGAUGGGAAUGUUACAUCAUUUGAAAAGAAAAAGACAGAACUCUGCCAGGAACUGGGUCUACAGGCGAGAGACCUUCGCUUCCAGCACAGCACCUGCCUUUCUGCCAGAAAUAACUGUAUUAUCCUACGGAUGGCGUCUUUGAAAGCCAUCCUAACCCCACAGUCCCUGAUGGUGUUGGAUUUUCGUGGCCUGGGGCUGGAGCGCUGGUUGAUCAUGGAUCUGGCCCCCCAGCUGGCAUCAGUGACACACACACUGCCAUUUGAGUUCAGAGCGCUGGAGGCCAUCUUGCAGCACAAGGUUAAUACUUUGCAAAGCCGGCUCAACGAUGUAGAACCUGUAAUAUUGGACAUCUUGGAGUCCCUCGUGGAUCCUAAGAUCCUUUCUGCCGACAGAAGCAAACUACACAUAUUGUUGCAAAACAGCAAGAGUUUGUCAGAGUUGGAAACUGAAAUCAAAGUAUUCAAAGACUCGUUGCUGAAGAUCUUGGAUGAAGAUGAGAUCAUCGAGGAGCUUUGUCUCACAAAGUGGACAGAUCCAAGAGUUUUUGAAGAAAGCAGUCUGGGUAUUGACCAUGCUGAGGAGAUGGAACUUUUGCUGGAGAAUUUCUACAUGCAGGCCGAGGAGCUGGGGAACAAAGCCAGAGAGCUGAAAGGACUGAUAGACGACUCGGAGAGCGUCAUCUUUAUCAAUCUGGACAGCCAUCGGAACGUGAUGAUGCGCCUUAACCUGCAGCUGACCAUGGGUUCCUUCUCCCUGACUCUGUUCGGCCUGAUAGGUGUGGCCUUUGGAAUGAAUCUGACCACCGCAUUUGAGGAUGAUCCACGUGCAUUUUGGCUGGUGACGGGCUUCAUGUUCUUGGGCAGCGGGUUGAUCUGGAGACGACUUCUGUCAUUUCUGGGACGCCAUCUGGAACCUUCAGUCCCCCCUCUGAUUCCUCCAGUUUGGAAGAGAAAUUUGAAACCUUCAGACGUGAAACCUGGAGUCAGAUGAAGGCCUGGCGCUACUCUGCAAAAUGCCAAAGACUGCACAUUUAGGGAAAAAAAAUGACUUUAAAUGGUAUUUUCUCCAUUUCUUCUGAGCUCUCUGCCUCUAUCUUUACACACCGGUUUGUUUCAGGCUCACAGCAGGAACAAAACUCUAUCCAACAACCACUGUACUGGGUUUUCAUUCAUGUCCGCAUCAUUAUUUUUUCACCAUGUUAGGGUUAUGACAGAAUUUUGAAUUGUUGUUUAAAUGUGGUUUUUGUAAGAGAGUAAUGUGGAAACAGUGUUGGUUCUUUCAGUUCAGAAGCUGGAGAGGAAGCAAAAAAGGAUUUGAAAAUCCUUAUGGAUGUGUGUUCAAUGUUUUCUGCAUGUCCAAGUGCAGCAUACUGCUUUGGAAAACAACUGUUAAUUAAAUGUAUAACUUAUUAUGAA